CAUCAACAACAGGGAGCUGCUGACAUUAUCCGAGAGGCGGCGGCAGGAGAAAGCGGUUCAGUGACCGGGAGGCUAGCUACCCGUCCACCGGUAAUAGCACCAAACUAACGCAUCUCAUAGUGUGAAAAGCAGGGAUAGCAUCACCCACCAAGACCACGAACCUGCUCCUCCCUGUAGCCGGGGACACACCCCUCCACCGUUGCAACGGAGAUCAAGGCGCACUAUGGUGGAUGUGACAAAAUGGCCGCUGUUUAGCCUGAUGGAAGGCGAGGAGCUCUCGUCCAUACGACAGGCCUGUGUGUUUGGAACCUCCGCCAACGAGGUCAUCUACAUCACCCACAAUGAUGACGUGUAUGUGUUUGGGCUGAACUGCAGUAACUGCCUGGGAACAGGGGAUAGCCAAAGCACCAUCCUACCUAAGAAGCUGGACUUUCUGAGUGGGAGGAAAGUGGUCAGCCUCAGCUAUGGCAGCGGACCCCACAUCCUCCUGGCCACUGAGGAGGGCGAGCUGUUUGCCUGGGGCCACAAUGGCUACAGUCAGCUGGGGAAUGGGACCACCAACCAGGGGGUCGCACCUGUGCUGGUGUCUGCCGGCCUUCUCAACAAGAGGGUGACGGAAGUGGCCUGUGGUUCACACCACUCCCUGGCCCUGACCAACACUGGAGAGGUGUAUGCCUGGGGCUACAAUAACUGUGGCCAGGUGGGGUCAGGGUCCACGGCCAACCAGCCCACCCCCAGGAGAGUGUCCAACUGUCUGCAGAACAAGGUGGUCGUCAGCAUCGCCUGUGGUCAAACCUCCUCUCUGGCUGUGGUCGAGAAUGGAGAGGUGUACGGCUGGGGCUAUAACGGAAACGGCCAACUGGGGCUAGGCAACAACGGGAAUCAGCUAACACCUUGUCGCCUGGUGGGCUUGCAGGGUUUCUGUGUGCUACAGGUGAGCGUGCGCGAGUGCACACACACACACAUACACACACACACUACCUCCACUACCAUUAACCCCUCUCUUCCCAUCCAGAUAGUGUCUGGCUAUGCCCACUCCUUGGCCCUAACGGACGAGGGGCUGCUGUAUGCCUGGGGGACCAACACCUAUGGCCAGCUGGGCACAGGCAACAAGAGCAACCAACUCAGCCCAGUCCAGAUCAUGGCUGAGAAGGAGAGGAUUGUAGAGAUUGCAGCAUGCCACUCCACACACACCUCAGCAGCUAAGACUCAGAGUGGCCAGGUGUACAUGUGGGGCCAGUGUAGGGGUCAGUCCAUCGUCUUGCCCUUCCUCACACACUUCUCCUGCACUGAUGACGUUUUUGCUUGCUUUGCCACACCCUCUGUCAUGUGGAGGCUGCUCUCUAUGGAGCAUGAUGACUUCCUGACAGUGUCCCAGUCUUUAAAGAAGGAGUUUGACAGCCCAGAGACGGCCGACCUCAAGUUCAGCGUGGAUGGCAAAUACAUCCAUGUGCACAAGGCUGUGCUCAAGAUCAGGUGUGAGCACUUCAGGUCCAUGUUCCAGUCCCAUUGGAAUGAAGACAUGAAGGAGGUGAUAGAGAUCGACCAGUUCACCUACCCCGUCUACCGCUCCUUCCUAGAGUUCCUCUACACAGACAACAUAGACCUGCCCCCAGAGGAUGCUAUCGGUCUGCUGGACCUGGCCACAUCCUACUGUGAGAACCGCCUGAAGCGUCUCUGUCAGCACAUCAUCAAGAGAGGCAUCACCAUAGAGAACGCCUUCUCUCUGCUCGCUGCUGCUGUGCGCUACGACGCAGAGGACCUGGAGGAGUUCUGCUUUAAGUUCUGUGUGAACCACCUAACGGAGGUGACCCAGACUGCAGCCUUCUGGCAGAUCGAAGGCAACCUUCUCAAAGAGUUCAUCAGCCGAGCUAGCCGCUGUGGAGCCUUCAAGAACUGACCGCUGAACCGGCUCAUCUGUCUCCAUCACAGGGGGCUACGCUAGGCUAAACACGCUCUGGUCUGCCAUCCGAUACGAGCCACCAGGCUUCGUUAGCUGUAGCGUCUGCCAGUGGUUGUCUAUUUACUGCAAAGGAUGUUAAGUAGUUACCCUAACCCCUGUUACAGAACUGUUCAGAGGGGUUAUUAGAUAUUUAUAUCGUCUUCCAUCUCCCUCUGUGGGUUGGUAGUUACGUCUUGCAGCUUUGGAGGCCAGAGUAUUUUGCAAGUAUUUUGUCUCCCUUCUUGACAAGUGAGGAGCACGUUUGCACUUUCUGAUAUGGUGCAGUGGGUUCUGGGAAAGCCUGUGAGAUUGAUUAUAUAACUUGUCACUACUGACAGAUAGCGGUCUUCAGUGUUCUAAUUGAACGGUGGGUCUCAGGUUAUUAGAUCCAGUCUUCGGGAUGGAUUCAAUCAGAUCCGCUUUAGCCAACAUCUGCAUAGUGGUUGUUUUUGGGGUGUCGGAGAUGGAACUGCGUUAGCUGUCAAAUCCACAAGUGGUUCCCGGUCUUAUACCUAAAGCGGACAUUGCCAUUGGCUGCACAGUCACAUUAACAGAAAUCCCAUGUAGCCUUGGUUACAAGUUUGAAUACUGGAAUGUGAGAUGUAAUCUUCACCUCGAUUAAGACUAUAGAAAUCCUCAUUAUUUAGUUUCAUGAUUUUUCAAUUUGACUGCCCACCUUCUUGUUCUGAACUUCUAACAGGACUGGGAUGGGUGUGGCUUCAUGACAAUGAUCAAGAGCAGCUGCUCACCGAUCUAAUGGCUCCACCACAGUUCAACCUCCAACACAUCCACCAUGCUGGUGUCGGUUAUUGAUCUGAUUGAACCUAGGCCUUAAUCUGUUAGAGCAAUAAAAAUGUUGUACUUGUGUGAAAUCACAGCAUUCCUAAAAAGAGCAACAACAACAACCUGUGCAUGGGGUCAAUGUAAACUCCAUGACAGAGUUCUUGGAGAACAUUGGGUUGCCUGGGAUUUUGAAUGCAAUAUUUUCAGCCUAUGUUACAGAUGAUUUCAGACAUUUAAGGUAUUGUUACUUUUCAGUAAUGUUUGCACUAUAUCAGCUGUACAGAACUAUUAUACAGAAAUGAUAAUCACCUAUUUUUUAUGUUCAUGAAAGACAACUUGUAGAUAUUUAGUUACACACACACACACACUGAGUGUGAGAAAGCUGGGUGAAGGCUGCUUUGUUGGGAGGAGCUGCUGAGAUUCCAGUUGAGUUGUUAUAUGAUUCCAACUGUCAGUAAUUCAUUUCUAUGCCAAUUCUAUAGAGUGGUGUGCCAGUUAACUUUCCUCAAUAUGACCAAUACAAAUGACCUUAUUGGAUCCUGUUCUGAGGGCAGCACACAGUUGAUAUGUUGGAUAAAAGCUCUGUGGGCAGAGCCUAAGGUGACAGAGUAUAAGUGAGUCAAAGAAAAGGGUGGUGGGCUGGAGGUGGGUGUAAGACUGGUUGCAAAACAAGGGCUCAAUUCAAUCCCACCGCCGAAGUUCAGCGCUAUAGCGGUAAUUUUCGACAUAGCCGACAUAUGCAACGUUUACCGUGUAUGCAGUUUCCGCUACCGCGGAAAUCUUGUGAUGCAAUUUUUACAUGGUUGACAUAUUGGAGAUAAGACAAGUACUGGAAACAGAACACUGAAAACUAUUGCCUGGUAUUCACAGCUGACUUUGAAUAGGCUUUUGAUAAAGUUGACUGGAGUUUAUAAAUAAAUGCCUGAAUUAUUUCAACUUCUCAAAGUUUUAAACUGUCAAGAGAAGUAAAACAAGGUUGUCCUCUAUCGGCAUAUCUAUUAAUAUCAACGGGUUAGAAAUCCAGGGCUUGAAAACAAAGGUGUCAUUGUACACUGACUCAUGUUCUUUUAAAUCAACAAUAUGGAUCCCUGCGUGAUCUAAUUUUUCUAACCUCUGGAUUAAAACCAAAUUAUGAUA